AUGUCGGACGGCUCAAAAGACAGCUUUGUGCUCUAUCACUACAACCCUUCGACAGCCUUGGCUAUCGUCUUCAUCGCUCUAUUCGCCAACACGACAAUGUUCCACCUCUGGCAGCUUCUGCGACGACGGACUUGGUACUUCAUCCCAUUCGUCAUCGGUGGCAUCUUCGAAACGGUCGGAUAUCUCGGUCGCUUCAUCUCCAGCCGGCAGACGCCCGACUGGAAGACGUGGCCGUACGUCAUGCAAAGCCUGACUCUUCUCCUGGCGCCUGCCUUCUUCGCCGCUUCCAUCUACAUGGUCCUCGGUCGCAUCAUCCGCCUGACGGACGGAUCGGCGCACUCGCCCAUCCGGGUAAAUUGGCUGACCAAGAUCUUUGUGCUGGGCGACGUGAUUUCCUUUCUUGGACAAAGUGCUGGCGGCGGCAUGCUUGCAAAGGCAGACACACACAAUGACGUCAAGUGGGGCGAAAGGAUCAUCAUCGGCGGUCUCUGCGUGCAGUUGCUUUUCUUCGGGCUCUUCAUGAUCGUCGCCGCCAUUUUUCACAUCCGCAUCUCACGCGUGCCAACGGCCAGGGUGGGCGAGCUGACAGUGCCGUGGCGGCGGUUCCUGGUCGUUCUGUACGUGGCCAGCGUUUUGAUCAUGGUCCGGUCGGUGUUUCGAGUCGUCGAGUACAUCCAGGGCUCGGACGGGUACUUGAUGAGCAAGGAGAUGUUUAUCUACAUCUUCGACGCCUCGCUGAUGUUUCUCACCAUGAUCAUCUUCAACAUCUGGCAUCCGUCUCGCAUCAUCAACAGCCACACUGCAGCGGGAGCCUCUUCCGACGAGGAAUCCGAGCGCAGCGGUCACCAGGUGCUUCAGCAAUGGAAGCCAGCGCAUGCUUCACGACAGACUGGUACAGCUUAA